GACAGGGCGGCGGGCACGGACGCGGCCGGUGCCGGCCGGGACGCCGGGCCCUCAGCCUCGCACUCCUGCUCGCUCGCGCCGCCGGCUCGCGGGGCUGCUCGCCCCCGCCUGCCGGGGCCAUGCAGGAAAGCCAGACCAAGAGCAUGUUCGUGUCCCGGGCCCUGGAGAAGAUCCUAGCCGACAAGGAGGUGAAGCGGCCCCAGCACUCCCAGCUGCGUAGGGCCUGCCAGGUGGCGCUCGAUGAAAUUAAAGCAGAAAUUGAAAAACAGAGGCUUGGCGCUGCGGCUCCACCAAAGGCCAAUUUCAUUGAAGCUGACAAGUAUUUCCUUCCGUUCGAGCUGGCCUGCCAAUCCAAGUCCCCUCGGGUGGUCAGCACCUCCCUGGACUGCUUGCAGAAACUCAUCGCAUAUGGGCACAUCACUGGCAAUGCCCCUGACAGUGGAGCUCCUGGGAAGCGGCUGAUCGACAGGAUUGUUGAAACCAUUUGCAAUUGCUUUCAGGGCCCUCAGACGGACGAAGGGGUUCAGCUACAAAUAAUUAAGGCUCUUCUGACUGCAGUGACUUCCCCACACAUUGAAAUCCACGAGGGCACUAUUCUGCAGACAGUGAGGACAUGCUACAAUAUCUACCUGGCUAGCAAAAACCUCAUCAAUCAAACCACCGCCAAGGCCACACUCACCCAGAUGCUGAACGUUAUCUUCACCCGCAUGGAAAACCAAGUGUUACAGGAGGCCAGAGAAUUGGAAAAACCAAUCCAGUCAAAACCUCAGUCCCCCGUGAUCCAGGCCACAGCAGGAUCUCCCAAGUUCAGCCGAUUGAAGCAGAGCCAGGCCCAGAGCAAACCAACGACUCCCGAAAAAACAGAAUUACCCAACGGUGACCAUGCCAGGAGUGGCCUAGGAAAAGUGAGCUCAGAAAAUGGAGAGGCUCACCGAGAAAGAGGCUCCUCGUUCUCUGGUAGAGCUGAGCCUGCUAGGGGCACUGAAGAGGGGGCCCAGGAGGUGGUGAAGGACAUCUUAGAGGAUGUGGUUACAUCUGCUGUGAAAGAAGCAGCAGAAAAGCAGGGUCUGCCGGAGCCUGACCGAGUCCUGGAGUGCCAGGAAUGCGCCAUUCCCCCAGGAGUUGAUGAAAACUCACAGACCAAUGGCAUAGCAGACGACAGGCAAUCACUGUCCUCAGCAGAUAAUCUGGAACCAGAUGUUCAAGGACACCAAGUGGCUGCUAGGUUCUCUCACAUUCUACAGAAGGAUGCCUUCCUGGUGUUUCGCUCCCUGUGCAAGCUGUCCAUGAAACCCCUUGGGGAAGGACCCCCAGAUCCAAAGUCGCACGAGCUUCGUUCCAAGGUGGUUUCCCUGCAGCUGCUGCUCUCCGUGCUGCAGAAUGCUGGCCCAGUCUUCAGGAGCCACGAGAUGUUUGUCACUGCCAUUAAGCAGUACCUGUGUGUGGCCCUGUCCAAGAACGGCGUGUCCUCAGUGCCUGAUGUCUUUGAGCUCUCUCUUGCUAUUUUUCUUACUCUUCUUUCAAACUUCAAGAUGCACUUAAAAAUGCAAAUAGAGGUCUUCUUCAAAGAGAUUUUCCUGAACAUUUUAGAAACAGCCACAAGUUCUUUUGAGCACCGCUGGAUGGUCAUUCAAACCCUGACGAGGAUCUGUGCAGAUGCCCAGUGUGUUGUGGAUAUUUAUGUCAACUACGACUGUGACUUAAAUGCUGCUAAUAUUUUCGAGCGUCUAGUAAAUGAUUUAUCCAAAAUCGCUCAGGGAAGAAGUGGACAUGAGCUGGGGAUGACACCUCUGCAGGAGCUCAGUCUGAGGAAAAAAGGCCUGGAGUGUCUCGUGUCCAUUCUCAAGUGCAUGGUGGAAUGGAGCAAGGACCUGUAUGUGAACCCCAACCACCAGGCCAGCCUGGGUCAGGAGAGGCUCCCAGAUCAGGAAAUGGGGGACGGAAAAGGCCUUGACAUGGCAAGACGGUGCAGCGUGACAUCAGUGGAGUCCACAGUGUCCUCAGGGACCCAGACAGCCAUUCAGGAUGACCCAGAGCAGUUUGAGGUCAUCAAACAACAGAAGGAAAUCAUUGAGCACGGCAUUGAGCUCUUCAACAAGAAGCCCAAGCGGGGAAUCCAGUUUCUCCAAGAGCAAGGCAUGCUGGGAACAACUGUAGAGGACAUUGCCCAGUUUCUCCACCAGGAGGAGCGGCUAGAUUCUACCCAGGUUGGCGAGUUUCUGGGAGACAGCACAAGGUUCAACAAGGAGGUGAUGUACGCCUAUGUGGACCAACUGGACUUCUGUGAAAAAGAGUUCGUCUCAGCCCUGCGGACAUUCCUGGAAGGCUUCCGCCUGCCUGGGGAAGCACAGAAGAUUGACCGGUUAAUGGAGAAGUUUGCUGCACGAUACAUAGAAUGUAACCAAGGACAAACCCUGUUUGCUAGUGCUGACACUGCGUAUGUCCUGGCGUACUCCAUCAUUAUGCUAACUACUGACUUGCACAGCCCUCAGGUAAAGAAUAAAAUGACAAAAGAGCAAUAUAUUAAAAUGAAUCGGGGUAUCAAUGAUAGUAAAGACCUACCAGAAGAGUAUCUUUCCAGCAUCUACGAAGAGAUAGAAGGCAAGAAAAUUGCAAUGAAGGAGACAAAAGAGCACACAAUUGCAACAAAAUCCACCAAGCAGAAUGUAGCUAGUGAGAAGCAGCGGCGGCUGCUGUACAAUAUGGAGAUGGAACAGAUGGCUAAAACCGCCAAAGCCCUGAUGGAGGCCGUGAGCCAUGCCAAAGCUCCAUUUACCAGUGCCACACACUUGGAUCAUGUCCGGCCAAUGUUCAAACUGGUGUGGACGCCACUACUGGCAGCCUAUAGCAUUGGCCUGCAGAACUGUGAUGACACAGAGGUGGCCUCCCUGUGUUUGGAAGGCAUCAGGUGUGCAGUCCGCAUUGCCUGCAUCUUUGGAAUGCAGCUGGAACGAGAUGCCUAUGUUCAGGCCCUUGCUCGGUUCUCCCUGCUGACAGCCAGCUCCAGUAUCACAGAAAUGAAGCAGAAAAACAUCGACACCAUAAAGACGCUCAUCACUGUGGCUCACACUGAUGGCAACUACCUUGGCAACUCUUGGCAUGAGAUCUUGAAAUGCAUCAGCCAACUGGAGCUUGCUCAGCUAAUAGGAACUGGGGUGAAGACUCGCUACCUGUCUGGCUCCGGGCGGGAAAGAGAAGGGAGCCUGAAGGGCCACACACUGGCAGGAGAAGAAUUCAUGGGCCUUGGCCUCGGUAAUCUGGUGAGUGGUGGUGUGGAUAGAAGACAGAUGGCCAGCUUCCAGGAGUCUGUCGGUGAAACCAGCUCACAGAGUGUGGUGGUCGCAGUGGACAGAAUUUUCACUGGCUCUACCAGACUGGAUGGAAAUGCAAUAGUUGACUUUGUCCGCUGGCUGUGUGCUGUGUCCAUGGAUGAGCUGGCUUCGCCCCAUCAUCCUCGCAUGUUCAGCCUGCAGAAGAUUGUGGAGAUAUCGUACUACAACAUGAACCGGAUCCGGCUGCAGUGGUCUCGGAUAUGGCAUGUCAUUGGAGAUCACUUCAAUAAGGUUGGCUGUAACCCCAAUGAAGAUGUGGCCAUCUUUGCUGUUGACUCACUGCGGCAACUCUCUAUGAAGUUUCUGGAGAAGGGAGAAUUAGCCAAUUUCCGAUUUCAGAAGGAUUUUCUGAGACCGUUUGAGCAUAUUAUGAAGAAAAACAGGUCCCCGACCAUCCGGGACAUGGUGAUCCGCUGCAUCGCCCAGAUGGUGAGCUCCCAGGCAGCCAACAUCCGCUCCGGCUGGAAGAACAUCUUUGCUGUGUUCCACCAGGCCGCCUCUGACCAUGAUGGGAACAUUGUGGAGCUGGCCUUCCAAACCACUGGCCACAUCGUCUCAACCAUCUUCCAGCACCACUUCCCUGCAGCCAUUGACUCCUUCCAGGAUGCUGUGAAGUGCUUGUCGGAGUUCGCCUGCAACGCUGCUUUCCCUGACACCAGCAUGGAGGCCAUCCGUCUCAUCCGCUUCUGUGGGAAAUAUGUCUCAGAGAGGCCUCGGGUACUGCAAGAGUACACAAGCGAUGACAUGAAUGUGGCUCCUGGUGACAGGGUCUGGGUCAGAGGCUGGUUUCCCAUCUUGUUUGAGCUCUCCUGCAUCAUUAACAGAUGCAAGUUAGAUGUGCGCACAAGAGGACUCACCGUCAUGUUCGAGAUCAUGAAGAGCUAUGGCCACACCUUUGCAAAGCACUGGUGGCAGGACCUGUUCAGGAUUGUGUUUCGCAUUUUUGACAACAUGAAACUCCCUGAACAACAGUCAGAGAAAUCAGAGUGGAUGACGACCACCUGCAACCACGCGCUGUAUGCUAUCUGUGACGUGUUCACGCAGUUCUACGAGGCUCUGAAUGAAGUGCUUCUCUCAGAUGUGUUUGCACAGCUGCAGUGGUGCGUGAAACAAGAUAAUGAGCAGUUGGCCCGAUCAGGUACAAAUUGCUUAGAGAACCUAGUGAUAUCCAAUGGAGAGAAGUUCAGCCCUGCUGUCUGGGACGAAACCUGCAAUUGCAUGCUGGAUAUUUUCAAAACCACCAUCCCACAUGUUUUGCUGACAUGGAGACCUGCGGGAAUGGAGGAAGAGACAUCAGACAAACAUUUGGAUAUGGAUCUGGACCGCCAGUCUUUAAGCAGCAUUGACAGAAAUGCCUCGGAGAGAGGACAGAGCCAGAUCUCCAACCCUACAGAUGACAGCUGGAAGGGUGCCCCAUAUGCAAAUCAGAAGCUGCUGGCCAGCCUCCUCAUCAAGUGUGUGGUUCAGCUGGAGCUGAUACAGACCAUUGACAACAUCGUCUUCUACCCUGCGACCAGCAAAAAGGAAGAUGCAGAACACAUGGUAGCUGCCCAGCAAGACACACUGGAUGCAGACAUCCACAUCGAGACGGAAGGUCAGGGCAUGUACAAGUUCAUGUCCUCCCAGCACCUCCUGAAGCUGUUGGACUGCCUGCAGGAGUCCCACUCCUUCUCCAAGGCCUUCAACUCCAACUACGAGCAGCGGACAGUCCUCUGGCGAGCCGGCUUCAAGGGCAAGUCAAAACCCAAUCUUCUCAAACAAGAAACCAGCAGCCUGGCCUGUUGCUUGAGGAUCCUGUUCAGAAUGUAUGUCGACGAGAACCGCAGGGAUUCCUGGGGCGAAAUACAGCAGCGACUUUUAACUGUGUGCAGUGAAGCCCUUGCCUAUUUCAUUACUGUGAACUCUGAAAGCCAUCGGGAAGCAUGGACCAAUCUCCUGCUGUUACUUCUAACCAAAACCCUUAAAAUAAACGACGAAAAGUUCAAAGCACAUGCUUCAAUGUACUACCCCUACUUGUGUGAAAUUAUGCAGUUUGACCUGAUCCCUGAGCUCCGAGCAGUUCUGCGAAAAUUCUUUCUACGGAUAGGCCUGGUGUAUAAGAUAUGGAUUCCAGAAGAGCCAUCACAAGUGCCAGCAGCACUGUCAUCGACAUGGUAGCACUGGCUCCCAUGGCCACUGCUGUGGUUCUGUAAAGUAUCCGUCUUGUCGUCCCAACUGGCAAAUGAGGAGCCACCCAUCAUGUUGGGGUUCAGAUCUGGAUAGCAGUGGCCUGUACACUGGCCUCAUCACAGUCCCCAGCGGAGGCUCACGGUGUCUCAAUAGCUUGUUGCACACCAGUAACUCAGUGGGCGGAGAGCCCGUCCAUCUGUCAUUCCAUUUUACUGACUGAACUGUCAGAUCUGUUGUGAAUGCCACCGCUUCCUCGAAGAGCUCCAGACUGGCGAUAACUUGUCAGAAGAAGUCAGUCUCCCUGGAAUAAUGACCAUCGCUGUAUAGGUUUGUGUUUAUUAGAGUAUGUUAAUAAAAUUCCUAGUAACGGCUAACUGCCACUGAAGUACGCUGGGUGCUUUGUUGUUUGAAUGUGUUACAGAAGUUUGAAUGUUUGUGUCAGUUUUGGUCAGCCUAGUUAGAUUAAGAAUGGUAGGAAAAGAGGGGGUGUUUCUUAUGUUUUGUUUUGUUGUUUGAGUGAUUUUCUAAUGUAUUUUGCAAAGAUAUAUUACUGGAGAUUUGAUUAAAGGCAGUUUAGUAGACUUAAGAGCUUGCAAGGUUUAAAUAAAAUGUAGUGCCUCGUGGCUCCCCAGUUUAGUAACUUGGGGGAAGAAUGUCUGUAGGAAAAAAUAACCUAAUGAAGGUGUUAGCCUUCCUUGAAGUGUUGUGGGUGGGUGUUCCAUUAAGUUUUCCAGAAUGCGUUGUGCAUCUGUCUGAAAUCUAGAAUAUGAAAUAGUUAUGAAAAUGAGUAACUAACCCAGAGUUGGUUUAUCUUUGAGUAAACCUUUCUAGUUUUUACCUCAGCAGAGUGUUAAUUAGACUGCUUUGCAGUCCCUGUUAAAGAGAUCGUCAGAGGGAGGGACAGUAAUGUAGUGUCCCCUCCUCAGCCACGUAUCAUGAGUUGAGCUCCAGCUAGUGUGGGGCCAGCACAGCUGGACUGUGACAGUGGCAGGGCUGGCACCUAGAGCUUCUGUUAACUUGAGCCGGGAGCUGGAUUCUUUGGCAAGAUUAGAUUCUGGGAUCCUUAUGUUGGUGAUGGUGCCAUGCCCAGAACCAUAGUAGAGCAAACUCUGAGUGCUCCCCAAAUCCACAGCAGCCAAGCUAGUGGUUUAAUGGAUUCGGAACCCAUGAGAAAGAAAACUUCAGCUUCCUUGUCUGCCCUCCUCACCCACUGCUCACCUGGAGCAGCACUUGAGUGGCUAAACCAUGUCAUGAAGCAUGUUGGAAACAUUCAGACUUCUGCCUACAUCAAGUCCUACGAAUUGGGGUUGUAUAGAUGUCAACUCUGGUGCCUUAGAAGUCAGUCACCCCUUGGAGAGCGUCUGUGGAACUGGACCCUUUUUUCUUUUUAGAGAGGGAUUCCUGGUGCUUUUGCUGUUUUCUCUCUUGUUUUUGACAGCCUUGUCACAUGCUCAGUUUGUCAGCAGCACUUGUAUUUAUUU